UUUCCUCUCCAGUUUAUGCUCGGCGUCAAGCAAAACUUCAACUGGAAACAGCGGAGAGGAAGAGAUCAGUGAUUGGUGAUGGCGUCGGGCGAUGAACUCACUGCGGGGGCGGAGAAUGGCACCGCUCCGCCGGCCCCCUCCCUGAGGAUCUACGCCGGCGCCGACGCCUUCGGAUGCGCGAUCAAGGACGCCCUGGUGGCCCACCUUCGCUCCGUCCCCGGCGUCGACGUCGCCGAUCUCGGCACCGACAAGUACUACUCCAUCGGCGAACGCAUCGGCCGCCUCGUCAGCUCCGCCGCCGGCGACCAGCCCGAGACUCGCGGCCUCCUGGCCUGCGGCACCGGCGUGGGCGUUUCCAUCUUCGCCAACAAGUUCCCCCGCGUAUACGCGGCCACCUGCUCCUCCGUCGGCGACGCCGUCAACACCCGAUCCAUCAACGCCUGCAACGUUCUCUCCGUCUCCGGCAUGUCCACCGCCCCCGCCGACGCCGUCAAGAUCCUCGACGCCUGGCUCCGCACCCCCUUCAAGUCCCCCUGUCCGGCCUCCGGCGACGCCCCCUGGCCGGACGACAUCCAGUCCUUCCUCGACCAGUCCACGGCCGAGAUGGCCGCCGUCUCCGCCGAUUCCUCCGCCGCCGUGGAAGGGUGCGCGAUCUGCUGCCUGAGGAAGGGGAUGGAGUUCGAGCCGGUGGGGAUCAUGCCUGGUGGGGAGAUGAGGAUCGUGAGGGAGAGCCCCACCUCGGCCUACGUCCGGUUCAAGGCCGGGAGCGUGGAGCCGGCCCACCACCACACCUUCGGCCACGACCUGGUGGUCAUCAAGGGGAAGAAGAAGGUCUGGAACAUCACCAAGAAAGAGAGCUACGCGCUCGAGGAUGGGGAUUUCUUGUUCACCCCCGCCGGGGACGUCCACCGGGUGAAGUACUUCGAGGACACCGAGUUCUUCAUCAGGUGGGAUGGGAAGUGGGACAUCUUCCUCGAUGAGGACCUGGCUGCUGCUGCUGAUGCCAUCAACAAAGACUUGGAGGCGGGCAACUGAUGCCAAAUCGCCAAUGCUUGUUGGGUGUCUCGGCUGACUUCUUUAAAUUUCUCAUCCUAUGUUUCUUCUGCUGCUGUUGCUUGUGAUCUUUGUUGCUUGUUGGAAUAAGUUAUGUCAGAAAAAUUAGUGCUUAUGACGAUGUCUGCAGUUGAUGUUGGCUUGAGAGAUGUAUUGGGAGUACUGGUCAUUGUCUAAAGAUAGGCUUUUGAAUAUAAUUAGUCUCUGGAUGGUAAAUGUACUGAUAGAUAUGGUUGUGGCUUGGUAAAUUUGCUGAAAGAGAUCCUUUAUUUAA